CUCUCUCGUACGCAGUCGCUCCCCGUCUCAAUCGCUAACAGUGCUUCGUAUUGGCAAAAUCUUCGAAAUCCUCCCCAUCGUGACCCCAUUCUCCUGCAUUUCGCCUCAUCCUAGCCAGAAGCCCUAGGAAAGCUUUUGCUUGCCUUCCAGUUCUUCCUCAAUGCCUAAGUUAUCUCCAACUGUCCCGAACCAGAUUCGGUUCUUGCUUCAGAGCUUGCACGGAACGAACGUCGAUUUUGUUGUCCGGGAGCUACGUCAGUUCUGUGAUUAUGGUGUCGAAGGAAGCAUUCUGCUGCUUCAGAUCUGCUUGGAACAUCUUUACUUCCGCAGGACUGAUCUGCAGAACAUCCAUGUUGAACCAGUUCUUGAGUCCAUUUUCAAGUUUCUGAUGGACUCACCAAAUUUCUCUACAGUGUUUUGUCAGUCUGUACCUAGUGUAGAAAAUUGUGAGGAACUGCUGGAGACUCUCUCUAGUACGCUGCACCUAACUCUACAUGAAAAGAUUGGAGUUGGCCUUGCUUUGUCUGAUUCAGAUAAUCUUGAUACUAGGAUGCACGCAAAAAAGUUCUGCAUCUCUCUGAUUGAGGAACUCUGCUCGGAUCCUGUUUCUAUAGCCUCUACAGAGCACAUCCAGAAUAUUGUUAUGUUCCUCCAGCGCUCGGAGGGCCUCUCGAAGCAUGUUGAUCAAUUUCUGCAAAUGCUAUCACUGAUGCAAUCUAAUGAUGUUAUACCAUUUGUCUUAUCUCCACUACUUUCAGAAGAAUUACGUGAAGCGUACUUUUUAAGAACCAUUGACUGGUUAUAUGAAAGCAAAGAAAGUGAGUUUGAUGCAAUUUUGGCUGACAUGGAGAAGGAAAUGAGCGUGGGGGAUAUUGUGAAGGAAUUAGGAUAUGAAUGCAUGUCGGAUGCCACUCAUUGCAUAGAGAUAUUGACCCCUUUUCAACCACUGAUUGAGAUUACCGUAUCUAAGAUUCUUGGAAAAAUUGUAUGCAACCAGGCUGGAUUGGAGGAUAACCAGAGUACAUUUUCAACCUUUAGUACUGCUCUUGGCUACAAUAUUUCAAAUGAUCUAGCAACUGUGAGCUCUUGGGAUGUUGGAGUCUUUGUAAGAACAAUCAAGCAGCUUGCACCAGAUACCAACUGGAUUAAAGUAAUUGAAGGCUUGGAUCAUGAGGGAUUCUAUAUUCCAAAUGAAGAGGCUUUUUCUUUCCUUAUGUCCGUCUAUGGUUUUGCAUGCCAGGAUCUAUUCCCACUACAUGCUAUCUGUGGGUCUCCCUGGAAGAAUACUGAGGGUCAGCUAUCUCUUCUCAAAUACGCAGUUUUAGCACCGCCUGAAGUGUUAACUUUUGCUCACUCUGGAAGGCAGCUGGCUUAUAUGGAUGCAGUUAACAGUCACAAGCUUCAAGUUGGAUGUGCCAAUCACGCAUGGAUGUGUCUCGACCUUUUAGAAGUUCUUUGUCAGUUAGCUGAGAAGGGUCAUGCCAGCUAUGUGCGAGCUUUGCUGCAAUAUCCUCUUGAGCAUUGCCCAGAGAUCUUACUUCUGGGAAUGUCUCAUGUCAAUACUGCCUAUAACCUGCUCCAAUACGAGGUGUCUUUUACCGUAUUCCCUGUGAUCGUCAAAAGCUCCAGCUGUGCUGGCAUGAUCCUGUACCUAUGGCAUGUAAAUCCUGGCCUUGUUGUUAGGGGUUUUGUGGAUGUUCAAAAUGCUGAUCCUGAGAUCAUGGACAAACUUGUAGUUCUGUGUCAGGAACUAAAGAUCUUGUCAUCAGUGUUGGAGUUGAUUCCUUUCCAGGAGUGUCUCAAGUUUCUAAAGGAAACUCAGCUUGGAGCUUCACAUGAGUUUUCUGGAAAACCUUUUCUUCAUGGGAAUGCUGCUGGGAAUUAUGGCUUCGAUACUAGUUCCACCAUAUUGAAGGCUCUUAAGGCUCACAGCCCCCUGAUUCUCAAUACCAAACUUCAUGAGGAAAUGGAAAAGUUGGAGGCAACAAUUGUGGAUUCAAAUCCUAGGCUGCAGAAUGGUGGUGCUGCUGAGUCAUCUGCCCCUGAUGGAUAUUCAGAUGAUGUUGAGGCUGAGGCAAACUCUUAUUUCCAUCAGAUGUUCUCAGGCCAGUUGACAAUAGAUGCAAUGGUUCAAAUGCUUGCUAGAUUCAAGGAAUCUUCUCUGGCGAGGGAACAGUCAAUUUUUGACUGCAUGAUUGGCAAUCUAUUCGAGGAGUACAGGUUCUUCCCCAAGUAUCCAGAAAGGCAGCUUAGAAUUGCAGCUGUUCUGUUUGGUUCGGUUAUCAAGCACCAACUCGUUACUCAUCUGACUCUCGGGAUUGCCUUACGUGGUGUCCUAGAUGGACUGCGGAAACCUCCAGAUUCUAAAAUGUUUGUGUUCGGUACCAAUGCACUGGAACAGUUUGUCGAUCGUCUGAUUGAGUGGCCACAGUAUUGCAAUCAUAUCUUGCAAAUAUCUCAUCUUCGUGGAGCCCAUUCAGAACUUGUUGCUUUCAUUGAACGUGCUUUAGCCAGAAUUUCAUCUGGGCAUUUGGAAUCAGAAAGUGGUAAUGCUUCUGCUGCUCAUCAACAUGUUUUACCCCAAGCUACACCUGGAAUUGGUGAGUUAAAUGCCAUCAAUGCCACAACAUCUGCACCACAAUCGUCCUCUACUACAAACAUUCACCAGAGACUUGAAGCUCGCCUUGAUGACCGCCACAAAUUAUCUGUAGCUUCGUCUAAUGACUCGAAACUGCUAUUAUCGACUGUAGGACAAUCAUCUGUUGGUUCCCUAGCUGACCUGUCUGCAGCUCAGAGAAGUGUUUCGAGCACCCAGGCUAUGUCGGCCUCUUCACCUGGUUUCAUGCGUCCUUCUCGCAGUGUCACCUCUACCAGUAUCAUUCUUAUCAUGAUCAUACUUCCUUUUGUUAGUUAUCAUGUGGAGCUGGGUUUUUCGACAUAUAUUCCUGCACUGUUUUUUUUACAGCUAUUCAACAAUGCAGGGUUCGGCUCAGCAUUGAACAUUGAAACACUAGUAGCAGCUGCUGAGAGAAGAGAAACACCAAUAGAGGCUCCUGCUUCUGAAAUUCAAGAUAAAAUAUCAUUCAUUAUUAACAAUAUUUCUACUGCCAAUAUUGACGUUAAAGGUAGAGAAUUCAGUGAAGUUCUGAUGGAACAAUAUUAUCCCUGGUUUGCCCAGUAUAUGGUUAUGAAAAGAGCUAGCAUUGAGCCAAAUUUCCAUGACUUGUACUUGAAGUUUCUUGACAAAAUUAAUUUAAAGGCUCUGAAUAGGGAGAUCGUUCAGGCCACGUAUGAAAAUUGCAAGGUUCUGUUAGGUUCAGAGCUUAUAAAAUCGAGUUCAGAGGAGCGUUCAUUACUAAAGAACUUGGGAAGUUGGCUUGGGAAAUUGACAAUUGGCAGGAACCAGGUCUUAAGGGCCCGUGAGAUAGAUCCAAAAUCUUUAAUCGUAGAGGCAUAUGAGAAAGGGUUAAUGAUUGCUGUUAUUCCGUUCACAUCAAAGGUUCUUGAACCAUGUCAAAGCAGUCUGGCAUAUCAGCCACCCAACCCUUGGACAAUGGGAAUCCUGAGCUUGCUUGCUGAGAUUUAUUCAAUGCCGAAUUUGAAAAUGAAUCUCAAGUUUGACAUAGAGGUCCUAUUUAAGAACCUUAGUGUAGACAUGAAGGACAUAACUCCUACUUCACUUCUGAAAGAUAGGAAAAGGGAGAUUGAAGGUAACCCUGAUUUUUCUAACAAAGAUGUUGGACCAUCCCAACCUCAAAUUGUCCCUGAGGUCAAAUCUGUACUGGUAUCUCCAUUGAAUCCUGGGGAGCUACCUCUCGAGGUUGCUAGCCCUCCUAGUUCUACAUUGCUCCCUCAGUUUGCGGCUCCAGUCCUCCUUUCUUCUGGCACAGUGAUGGAGGAGGAGAAACUAGCUGGGUUGAGUUUGUCUGACCAGCUUCCUUCUGGACAAGCACUGUUCCAAGCUACUCCUUCACAGUCUCCAUAUGCUGUUAGUCAGCUUUCUACUGUGUCAAUGGCCAACAUUGCUCCACAUGUUAUCAUUAACCAUAAGCUUCAGGGCUGGAGUCUAAAUUUGCAUUUCCAAAGAGUGGUUCCACAUGCAAUUGAAAGAGCUGUCAAGGACAUUGUACCCAGUAUUGUUCAGCGUAGUGUUUCUAUUGCAACCCAGACUACGAAGGAGCUUGUUUUAAAGGACUAUGCCAUGGAAACUGAUGAGACACGAAUAUACCAUGCAGCACAUCUUAUGGUUGCUAGCCUGGCUGGAAGCCUAGCUCAUGUUACCUGCAAGGAACCUCUACGUACUUCGAUAUCAAGCCAACUGAGGAGUUCACUUCAUGGUUUGAAUAUCACAAAUGAGCUCCUUGAACAUGCCGUGCUGCUUGCUACCAAUGAUAACCUCGAUUUGGGCUGUGCACUGAUUGAACAAGCUGCUACAGAGAAGGCAAUACAAACUAUUAAUGGUGAAAUAACUCAACAACUAAAGGAGAGAAGGAAACAUAGGGACAGUGUUGGUCAAACAUUAUUUGAGACAAACAUGUAUACCCAGGCUUCCUUAGGUGUGGUACCUGAGGCCCUCCGUCCCAAGCCUGGGCAUCUAUCAUUGUCUCAGCAGCGAGUUUACGAGGACUUUGUACGGCUUCCUUGGCAAAAUCAAUCUUCCCAGGGUUCACAAUCUAUUGCUGCUGGUAGCUCAACUUCUGCUGCUGCUGCCACCGGUGGUUUGGUAAGUGCCUAUGGCUCUGUUGCGGGACAACUCAGCACAGGAUAUUCGUUGGGUGUUGGUGGGCUGGGAUUUGAGGCUGCAGCUCAGGCGUUGGAUUUGGGUUCUGAGGCAAUUGACUCAAGUUCAGCAGCUUUGCUAAGGUAUCUUUUUGUUUUAUGUUAGGGGCUGCUCUUUUACUACCCACUCUUAAACAGGGACUGGUUACGGUGCUAAUUGUACAAGAGUUAGCACCGUCCUAACCAAGGGUUAGUAGUGAUUUAGCUUAGAUGUUGUAUUGAUUUCAUAAUAAUCCGUAGUGAUUUCGUUGUUUUUAGUAGCGUUUUUUGCUAGUUAUCACGGUGCUAACCCCCUAUAAGGGUUAGCACCUAAUCCCAUCCCCUCUUAAACACGAGACUAAUAUUUAUUUAUUUAUUUAUUAUUCCCUGGACGUGGUUCAGCUCUUCCUCAAUAAAUAUCGAAGCAGAUGCUGUUAUGCGGAAAAAUUCUGAGAAGAAUGCCAUAGCCUCUUCAUUAACCGUUGCUGCUCCAGCCACUGAACCUCUCCUGGUAGAUUCUUCUGACAAUGUGAAGGAAUCUGGUGCUUCCUCUCAGCCAAUCUCGUCAUCCACUACUUCCGAGCGUGUAGGGAAUAGUGUUUCUGAACCUUCCCUAAGUACAAGAGAUGCACUGGAUAAGUACCAAGUCAUUGCCCAAAAGUUGGAGGCGUCUAUCAGUAGUGAUGGCAAAGAUGCAGAGCUACAGGGAGUGAUUGCUGAGGUGCCUGAGAUCAUACUUCGCUGCAUCAGUAGAGAUGAAGCUGCCUUAGCUGUUGCUCAAAAGGUUUUCAAGGGCUUGUAUGAGAAUGCCUCUAGUUCUUUUCAUGUUUUUGCUUGUCUUGCAAUUUUGGCUGCGAUUCGUGACGUUUGCAAGCUUGUGGUCAAAGAACUCACAAGCUGGGUCAUUUACUCGGAUGAGGAGCGGAAGUUCAAUAAAGAUAUCACUAUGGGUCUUAUACGGAGUGAAUUGCUCAAUCUUGCUGAGUACAAUGUUCAUAUGGCAAAGCUUAUUGAUGGUGGAAGGAAUAGUAUGGUCUCAGGAUCACAGGCUGCAACAGAAUUCUCUGUUUCACUUAUCCAGGCUUUGGUUGUAGAUGAAUACAAUAUCAUCUCUGAACUCCAUAAUCUUGUUGAAGCAUUGGCAAAGAUUGCUACAAAACCUGGAUCUCCUGAGUCGCUGCAACAGCUUAUUGAAAUUGUGAAGAAUCCUACAGCUAAUGCCGCUGCUAUAUCAGCUUUUGCUGUUGGUAAAGAUGAUAAAACGAGACAGAAAAAGGCUCCCAGUCAGUCUUCAAUUAGCCGUGAAGACUUUAAUAACGUGGAGUCUGUGGAACCUGACCCUGCUGGAUUCCGGGACCAGGUUACUGCUCUAUUCCGUGAAUGGUACCGGAUAUGUGAACUACCAGGCUCGAAUGAUACUACAUAUAACCAUUACCUCUUACAACUGCGCCAGAAUGGGUUCCUCAAGGGUGACGAUUUGACCGACCGGUUUUUCCGCAUUCUUAUGGAACUCUCGGUGGACCAUUGUCUUUCUUCUGAGUUGGUGAAUUCAGCUGGGAUGCAAGUGCCUCAAAAGGGGCAGAGUAUGUCGUUCCUUGCCAUUGAUAUAUUUGCAAAACUUGUGUUUGCAAUUCUGAAGGCCGAGCAGGGAUCUAAUAAACAGUUUCUUCUGUCAAAGAUGUUGGCUGUUACUGUAAGAUAUAUACUGAAGGACUCUGAGAAGAAACCGUCUUUUAAUCCAAGGCCAUAUUUCAGAUUGUUUAUAAACUUAUUGCUAGACCUUGUUUCUCUUGAGCCUGUAAAUGAUGGAGGAACUUUUCAGAUGUUGACUUCCUUUGCUCAGGCGUUCCAUCUUUUGCAACCUCUUAAAAUUCCUACGUUCAGCCAAUCAAUCCUGUUUAUGAUCUUCAGCUAUGCGUGGCUCGAGCUAGUAAGUCACCGGAGCUUCAUGCCAAAAUUACUUACUGGAAAUGCUCAAAAGGGAUGGUCCUAUGUUCAACGGUUGCUGGUAGAUCUGUUUCAGUUCCUAGAGCCUUUUUUAAGAAAUGCUGAAUUACGAGGACCAAUCUCCUUUCUCUACAAAGGUACACUUAGAGUGCUACUGGUUCUACUGCACGAUUUUCCUGAGUUCCUGUGUGACUAUCAUUUCACCUUCUGUGAUGUCAUACCUUCGAGUUGCAUACAAAUGCGCAAUAUCAUUCUCAGUGCGUUUCCUCGCAAUAUGAGACUUCCAGAUCCGUCCACUCCAAAUUUAAAGAUUGAUUUGCUUCCUGAAAUUAGAGAACCACCGCACAUCCUAUCUGAAGUUGACGCUGCCCUUAGAGCAAAGAACAUGAAGGCUGAUGUGGACGAGUAUCUGAAGACAAGACAACAGGGUUCCUCAUUCCUCACCAACUUGAAGCAGAGGUUACUUCUUGUGCCAAGUGAUGCUUCAACUGCUGGGUCUCAUUACAAUGUAUCACUUAUAAAUUCGCUCGUACUUUAUACGGGGAUGCAGGCCAUUCAGCAGCUCCAGGUGAGAACACCCCAUGCACAGGCCCCUGGGAAUACCGGCCCUCUUGGUUUCUUAGUGGAUGCUGCUUUGGAUAUUUACCAGACCCUAGUAGUUGAGCUAGACAAUGAAGGUCGAUACCUCUUCCUCAAUGCCGUUGCUAACCAACUACGCUAUCCCAACAACCACACACAUUACUUCUCCUUCGUCUUGCUCUACUUAUUUGCCGAGUCAAAUCAGGAAAUUAUCCAGGAGCAGAUUACCAGAGUCCUGUUGGAACGCCUGAUUGUUAACAGGCCCCAUCCAUGGGGCCUUUUGAUAACUUUCAUUGAGCUAAUCAAGAAUCCGAGGUACGGUUUUUGGAACCGUACUUUCAUAAGAUGUGCUCCGGAGAUUGAGAAGCUGUUUGAGUCGGUUGCAAGAUCUUGUGGGGGUUUGAAGCCGAUGGACGAGAGUAUGGUCUCUGGUACUAAUUGGGCUUCCGAGGGAUCACACUGAGAAAUGCUUGGUCCUUAUCUUGUGCAUAUGUAGCAGAAAAUUCCUGUAGGUGAUUUUUCUUCUUUGAAUUGGAGAGGGCACUGAUACUGUUGCUCUUGAGAGAAACCCUUGGCUUUUGUCAUGGAAAUUGGGUAGGAUUGAAGAAGCCGUAUUUGUGUUGAUAUAAAGGGUUAACAACUCUGUAUAGAAUGCUAGUUGACAUUUGUUUCUGUACAAAUGGCGGCGCUAUCAGUUUUGUUUCCUCUGUUUAUUUUAGGCAAAAUUCACUUCCAUAGCCAUAACUUUGCACUUUGUGACAAAU